AGCAGCUGUCUUUGUUCUUUUUCAGGAUUAAUCUCUUACUAUAGAGCAAAAACUCCUGAGGCCAGAUUGGUCAAUUAGCAGACAUUCUGAUUACCUUCAGCAAGGGCAUAGCUAAUAGAGGUACUGUAUCUUUUUUUAGUGUAAAGCUAAUUUAAUGCCUAACAAAGCAGCACAGGCUUAAAGAAUCUCUGAGCAUCUUCUGCCCUGCUCUUAAUGAUAACAUGGAGAAACUCUCCAGAAACUUAGAAAGCAGAACAAAGAGCAGAGUGGGAAGCUAAUGGGAAAAUGUGUCAUGCUGCCAUGGUAUCGGAGCGUGCAUGUUCUGGAGACUUUAUUAAAACAGCCUGUUAGUGAGUUCUUGCUGCAGCUGCAGUUCAGGACUGUGGGAAGGCGGGGAGGCAGUCAGAGGUAUGAUGUUGAUGCUUAACAUCAUCACAAUGCUGCUUGCUGUGCUGCUCCUUUAAUUACUGUUAGAGCCACAGCCUGUAAUUUGGGAAUCGUGGGUUAUGUUCCUCGCUUUGCCAAGACUUGACUCCCUUUCCCUCAAAAUACUGAGUUGUCAUAAUUAUGCUUGAAGCUUAAGGACAUCCAAAAUUAGAGGCAUCAUUAUAGAAAUCAUCCUUUUCAGCUGAACUCUAAACCAAGACAGAGUUCUUGCUGCCACCCGCUUUUCUGUAUGAAGAUGUGAUGGUGACAGCUGAAAAGGCCGUUUGAAGAGCCUCUUUCUUCUACUCUGCCUUAUUUGGUCCCCUGAAAUCAGCUGACAGGCCACUGCCUGUGACCUUCACUCUUUUUAAUCUUCCUCAGCCCUACACACAGAAACUUUCUGGACUCUAGCUGGAACUUCAGUGGUACAGACUGGAAAACAAAGCUGGAGUGAGUCUAAAAUCAGAGCAUAUGAAAUGCUGCUGACUCGUAAUGCGACUAACGCUUUUCUCCUCCCCCAUCAUCCAUUCUGGCUUCCCCCUUUUUUUUAAUCUUCCCCCCCCCCGCCCCAAUUUCCUUUUCCCGUCUCAGAGUGUAGCUGAGUAGUUUCCCCUUUUUGCUUCUCUUAAACCACUUUUGCUCCUGGAACGAUCUAUGCUCAGAACAUAAAGCGGGGCUGCAACCCAGACAAGUUUUCUCAGAGACAGGACACAGACGGGUGGUGCUUCACCAGGAGAAGAAACACAGAGGCCUUUGACUGCACAGGCUCAGGUUGGUCCAACACAAUGCAAAAUAGCUUAUGUUAAUUAAAAGGAGAAAAAAACCCUUCUUUUACAGCUCUGAUGGAAGGAUGUGGUGUUUACCAAGAGGGGAAUGCAUUUCUUGUACCCUGCUGGGGUUGGUUUGAUGUCAGGCAGAGCAGAGUAUCUUCUGGGAGAUGUUCAGCUGGUUGGAAGGAGGUCAUGGAGCUUUGAAGAAUUCUCUUUUCUUAGAGUUUCCCCCUAGCUCUCCUUCACGUAUGUGUCAGCAGUGCUGGCACUAACCUCAACCUGCUGUUCUUUCAGGUGUGACUGUUGUAUAUCACCAUGUUCUGCAGGUGAUCUGGAGGCGCUGAGUUAAGGACCGUGUGGGAGAUGUGUUCCUGUAUCUAAAAGACACUUCCAUUCUCAGUCUGUUAACGUAGUUGGUUUCACCACCCCUUCCCCACUACUCUGGGAGGCUUCGAGUCUCCUUGUUUGUUUUUUGGUUUUGUUUUUUCAAGACAGGACAACACUGCUCACUGGUACCUCUCGCUCCCCAACAUGUUGGAAGAAGAUAACGAUGAGACGUGUUGGAAUAACCUGGAGAACUUCCGGGUGAAGCUGAUCUCCGUGAUAGACCCUUCCCGAAUCACGCCCUACCUCCGCCAGUGCAAGGUGAUCAGCCAUGAUGAUGAGGAGCAAGUUCUUAACGACCCCAGCCUGGUCAUGCGCAAACGGAAGGCAGGUGUUCUUCUGGACAUUCUUCAGCGGACGGGACAGAAGGGCUUUGAGGCUUUUCUGGAGAGUCUUGAGCUUUAUUAUCCACAACUGUAUAAGAAAAUAACCGGGAAGGAGCCCAGCAGGGUUUUCUCUCUGAUUAUAGACACCGCAGGGGAAUCCGGCCUGAGCCAGCUCCUGAUGAAUGAGAUCAUGAAGCUGCAGAGCACCGUGCAGGAGGAGAGGCGGAAGGCCCAGGAGCUCACCAUGUGGCUGCACUCCAAAGAGGACACCAUCAGGGAGAUGUGGGUGAGGGACAGCCUGCUCCGCAAGCACCAAGAGCGGGCGCAGAAGAUGAAGGAGGAGAGGGACAGCCUGAGCAAGGAGCUGCGGAAGUGCAAGGACGAGAACUACAACCUGGCAAUGAGCUAUGCCAAACAGAGCGAGGAGAAGAGCGCUGCCCUCAUGAAGAACCGGGACCUGCUCCUAGAGAUCGAUCGCUUGAAGCACAGCCUCAUGAAGGCAGAGGAUGACUGCAAACUGGAGCGUAAGCACACCAUGAAACUGAAGCACGCCAUAGAGCAGCGUCCAAGCCAUGAGGUGAUGUGGGAGAUCCAGCAGGAGAAGGAGUUGCUCUUGGCCAAGAAUCAGGAGCUGGAGAACACUCUCCAGCAGGUUGCCAGGGAACAGAAUUUGGAGAAGAGCCUCUCCAAUGAGACUCUGGAGAAUGACUGCAGCCAGAUACUAGAAGAACGCCGGGAGCUGAUGAACACCAUUUACAGCCUUCGCAAGGAGCUGCGACGAGCCGAGGUGCUUCAGGACAAAUACGCAGAGGAGAGAGAGAUGCUUGAACUGCAGUGCACGUCUCUGAGGAAGGACUCCCAGAUGUAUAAGAAACGGAUUGAAGCUGUCUUGCAGCAGAUGGAGGAAGUGGCUUCGGAAAGAGACCAGGCACUCCUGACCCGAGAGCAGUUCUACGCGCAGUACUCCAAGAACCUGGUGGAGAGGGACGCUUACCGCAAGCAGAUCCGGGAACUGGGGGAGCGAUGUGACGAAAUGCAACUGCAGCUCUUCCAAAAGGAGAGUCAGUUACUGGCUACCGAAGCCAAGCUGAAACGGCUGCAACUGGAGCUUCCCUCACUGACCUCUGACCUGGAUGACACCUCCUCCAGAGAUUCCCAGGAACUUACUCCUCAUGGUCACCUAGAUGAAGAUACACAGCCGACUAAAAGAGAAACUAGAAAGCUGCUGUCUCUCUCUGAGCCUGGUGGGGAACUCCAUCAUCCUAAGCAAGAUGCAGGGUUUGAGUGAAAUGGGAAGUGACUCGCGCGUUGAUCACAGGAUUGAACCCUGAAGGUUCGGAGGUUUCAGUUCUGCUCCCGACUGUGUGUGGUGCUGGGCAGCCCCUAUGCUGCAGCUACUGCUGUUGGAUGGACUGCUGGAGGGAGAAGUGACUUUGCAAUGGCAACUAUGACUAAAGCUGUGAUUUCUCCUUCUCUUAGAAGAUUGCCCUGAAGAACAAACCCAGCAAUUCAGCCCUCGAGAGAGCAGUCUGCCCCCGAAGUCACCCAGUGUAAGAGAAUCUCUGUGGGCUCUUCUUUACUAGGACUGGGGUUUGUGAUCUUCAAUGUUCUUGUUAACUAUGGAUUUUACCAGGUUUGAGAAGCAUCUAAGGAGCCACCACUUUUCCAAAAUCUGAGCACUUUGUGCAAAAUUCACCUUCCAAAAAGGGUGAGCUCUGAACAGCAGAACAUUUAUGGUGGUUAUCUCUCCAUCUCUGCCUGGAAUCUUCUAAUUACUUUCUGGCCUUCAUCUUUGGGUAUGGAUGUUUUCCAGUUUAAUUGUCUUUAGUAUUACUGUUGGUACAGGAAACAGAAUCCCAAAUUUACAAAUGGGAGAGAAUAAAGACUGUAAAACUAUGUGAAAUAGCUGUAUUACCACGCUGCACACACGACAGUGGACAGCCCAGAACUGAACGUGCUGUAUUCAUUCUGCAGGCCCGAGCAGACGCAGGAGGGAGCUGUGGGCUCCUUUCCCAGAGCAGGGGUUUGGUAGUGAACAGGCACAGGUUCCCUUUUUUUUCCCCUUCUUCAUUUAAACGUAAAAUGAUUCAUUACACAAACAAGUCUGAGAGGAGAAAUGACCAAGCUUCUUUGGGUGGUCCAUGGCCUUUUACCCUCCAGGGGCCAGAUGUGGUGCAUCAGCCCCAAAACCGGCAUCCUUUGCAGAGCAGGUUUGCAGUACCUGCUGCUACCUUUGAUCUCAUCGUCAGAGGAAUCCGGUUCAUAUUUAGUUUUUUUUGUUGUUUUUUCUUUCUAGUUCAAGGAGUGUGGCUUAGCCAACGAGGAACUGGCAGAAAAGGAGCGGAGGAGGAUGAAGGACUGCUUCGAGCGUUACCGAAGGUCAGAACUUUAGUAAGCAGGACUAAUUCAGACAUACCCGUGAUAAGCUUGUUGUGUGUAUUUUCUUUUUUCUGUCCCUCCCCUGUCCCCAAGUUUGAUUCAUGGAGGGCACAAAUUCAUUACAAAUCCUAUCUUCAGAGGCUCACGCUUCUGGCUGAACUGGUUGAGGCUCCUGCUUUAGUACCAGAGGUACCCAAGACAGCAAUGAUGGCAUUUGCUCUGGACCAUGCAGAUGGUUCCACAGCGGGGAGUGGAGGGCAAUCCAAAGAAUUGCUAGUUUAAUAAAUGUGAUAGAUUUCUCCCAUGCAAGUGAAAUCUGCCUCACCUUCACUGUCUGUCUGUCUGUCUGUCUGACUGACGUAUGGCUGACAGUCAAGUCCAAGCUCCAAGCUCCCACAACUGUGAAUGGAGCAGAUUUCCACCCUCUGUCCUCUUCAAAUGCUCUUUGAAGGCCUGUCCUCCUAAUGCCUGGUGUCUUCACUGAUCACUGCCUUUAUGGAGCACGAGACGGAUGAAAACCUUGUAAAAUAGGUACCUUAUUUCUAGCAUGAGAUAGAAAUGCUCCUUAUGGCACUUUAAACUCUUCUUGUGAUUGUUUUGGGUAGGAUUCCUUGGCUUAUUCAACAAAGCAGCAACAAUACACCACUCUUCAAGAAAUCUUAAGGCUGUCUUCACUUAGAUUAAUUCUCUUUAUCUGAUGCUUGCUGCAAGUCUCGGCUUUCACGUUGGGUGUGCGAGCAAACCCUCACCUUCAGUGAAACACCAAGUGGGUCAAAACACACCAAACCUCCCCACUGAACUCCCCAAAGCACUCAAAUGCCACUUCUUUGCAGAAAACGUUCUUCUCAAAAGGAAAUGUGUUGUUUUCAGAAAAAGAGCCCUGCGGAGGGCACCAGCUGACCGACACCACGAGGCCGACUGGGAGAACACCACCGGCAGCGACAACACCGACACCGAGGGCUCCUGAGCAUGGCAGCCACCCUGCCAGGGGACCACCAGCCUGGGCUGGGGGCUGCUGGGCAUGGUUCUCUCUCAAUGCACUACUUAGAUUUUAAAAUCUAAACAAACACUUCUCAGAAGUUAAUGUUUGCAAUGGGACUGCCCUCUCCAGAGGCCCAUUUCCCUCUCUAGAGGUCCAUCUCUGUCUCCUGCUGUCCCCUACUCGUAGAAAUGUAGUGAUGCGAGAGGUGUGAGGUGCACAAAUGAAAUAAACAGGAUUUAAGAGCUCCAAGGCCUGUGGGUGCGUGUGUGACACUUGCUCUGCGCCCCAGAAGGCCUGGGCUGACCUUCUCUUGAAGUCAGGGCAGGUGCUUGGUGGGAUGCCCCUGCGGAGGGGGAGGCCUUGCUCCAUCGUGGAGCCGGAGAACCCUUGGCCUGUGC